AUGCGCGCAGUCAGUAUGCCCUGCAGUUUUGGAAAGCUUACAACGGAAGCGGCUCUCCAGGCGAGAAUUGCUCAGCUGAAGAAAUUCCGAGAUUCUCGCGUUCCACUUCCUCAUACUGUCUGUCCUGAUUGUCUCGCCUUCCUGGAAAAGGUAAUAUUUGAAGAUUGACAAUAUCAAAACAAUUUAGUAUUUAAUUUUAGUAUGCGGACAGUGACGACAUCGUUGCGAAGGCCCCACCAGCUCACUCGGCCACGAAGCAGCAGUACAAGAAGUCGGCCACCCUCGUUGCCAAAGCCAAACCAGAGAAUUCGAGUCCAAAGCGCAAAAUCUCGAAAGAGCUGUCAACCGAAGCAACUCCGGAAUCGCCAUACUUGACUUUUGAAGACUACUUCAAAAUCAAACCAAUCGAACAAAGUGCUCAAUCAAGCCUGCCAAAGCGUGCACUUCUCCAACAGCCUUUCUCAUCUGGAUUUCAAUACCACCCCAAGCGAGCCAUUCAGAUGUGUAAGUUCAUGCCGAGAAUCUUGUUUAGUUGUAAAAUACGCUCUGUACAGAUCACGAAAACGCCAAGAGGGAGAAGGCUAUUCUGGUCGCUCAAGCGAAAGACAGGCUUGAGCAGUUGAAGAACGACCGGCCGGCUCUUCUUCGUGCGGUGGCGAGUCUCAAGAGAGAGAUACAAGCUGAAAUGGCCGCCCACUACGGAGAAGAGGGUGAUGAUGGAGAAGUCGACUUUGUCGACAUAUCGAUGGGGUCGGACAAUGUUUUUUACGAUUAAUCACAAACGGUGGAUGUGAUUUUACUUGCUCCCCCCUUCCCUUUACUUGCCCAUCUCUCGACCCGAAUUCCACUUGUGUUCUGAUUUGUACAUUUUUUCCCAAGUUUUAAUCAAAAUUUUAGCAUAUCUUUUCUUUCUGAUUGUGAAUACCCCAUUUUCUUUGUUUACACCGCCUUGAGUGUGAAAGGUGUCUUCUUUUUUGUUGAUUCUGGUUAGAUGUUUAAAUGUGUAAAAGAUGUUUAAAGAUUCCAGAAGCGCUCCUUCUGUCUUUCUCUUCUCCCCACCCAAUCUCCAAACUGUUUUUCUUCAUGUUUAUCCCACAGACCUGAACCUCUCCCCGUGGUUGUUUUAUUAUGUGAAUCUUGUUACGUUUCUCCGAAGUGGUUGUACAGAAUUAUUAUUGUUGUGUGUUCGGGUAUUUCAUAUUAGUCAUAUUAUUAAGCCAAAUGCAGAUUCGAACAGAAUUCCAAUAAACAACAUGCAAUAGUAUGGUCACAGAAUGAUUCGGGAGUUGAACUAAGCUAUCAAGGAUGUUUUGGUAUGAUGCGGGGUCAUUCAAAUCAGCUCCACCUUCUACUAUAUCAAAAACGAGAGGCAGACUCGCGUUGAACUUUCUCGAGUGAAUAUCAUGGCUGGCUCUCGACAAUUGACACGUCUUUCCAUUGAAGACUAGAAAAGAAACACCAAGAGAUGGUGAAAAGCAGUGGCACGCAAAGCACACCAGAAAUCGCAGAGAAGAACGCCUCAGGAACUCGGUCAGAAACGCAUUUAGAUGUUGGAGGAGCAGUUAACGAUAGACUGGUUCAUCUUCUUCAAAAGCGAUCUGUGUUGCAUUUUCCCGAUGAAAAUGAGUGCCGCAUAUUGUUUUUGAUGCCUAAGGAACUGAGACAUUUACAAGAUUUACUGAUUCACCCAUUUCCAAUUUGAUCGAAGCUUUGCAGAUUUCUUCGACAUGGAUCAGUGUAUUUUGGGCCCAAGUUUCAGACAAGUAUUCACAGUAAUUCAGGACUGAAAAUGCCGGGCUUAUCACGUAAACCAGAGCUUUUAGGCGUGAAUCAAUGUAACUUCUGCGUACAAAACCCGAUCGGUCUGAAACAUAGACGCAAAUACUUUCAUCCAAAUCCAAGAAGCCACCAAAGUUUGAGUCUGAUGAGAAUAAAGUCGAGCCCUAGAAAAGCCCAGCCCUUUUGUAUGUGUUAUAUUGUUCCAUUCGAACAGACAGACUCCGGAAUCACAACUGAUGAAUGCGCGACUUGCUCAUAUUUAAUUUCUACCGUCAAUUCGUUCCUCACUCAAGUGCUGGCCGAUGCAUUACCUCGUCCAUGGCGCCACUCCCAAGGACGACCGUCAUACGAGGCUCCAUUAUUACGUAGUGCACCGUGUUUAGUAGUCUGAUUAUUUUGAAUUGUACUGUUGCUUGUACUGUAGUUUUGACUUUUUCUUUUGUUUUCAAAGUCUUGUGCCAAUGCUUCUCUCUCGCAAAAAUUCUUUUCUCGAGUUGUUAUUGAUACUUUCACAGUUUUCUCUCAAGAUUCUUUUGGAAACUCCAAAUAAUUUUUAGGAUAGUGCUCACACCUCCGAUGAAUGAUCCGAUUCCACCGGAAAAGGAGGUGAGCAGUCAAGUUUCAGUUGCCAAAGCCCACUUUUCAUUUUUCAGCCACGCUUCUACAAAAAAUGGCAGGUUCUGCCAGCACUGACCAAAUUCGAAUGGAAACAACUGACAUACUUUGGAGAGUGAGUGUCCUCCAAAUCUCCAGUCACCACUGAUGCUUUCAGUCCCAACACCUUCCAAUCCUCGUUCGAUUAUAAUUGUAAGAAAGAUCCGGCUGAACUAACCGAAACCUUUCGUGUCGUUCUCGCCAAGGGUCGGGAAAUUCUCGAAGCAUACAUCAUCGACAUGAAGCGUCUUUACAAAACUUACAAGUACAAAACCAUGGAGCGACGCGUGUUUUUUGCAAUGUUGGCUCAGUGCCAACUCGUCCUUUUUGCCAACGAUUGGACCGGAGCCCUAGAGAUGUACCAAAAAACGCUCGACUGUCACCCGCUGUUGUUCGAACAUCAGCCAAGCGCGUACUAUGGUCUCGGAAUCGUAUACUUGCACUUCAAACAUUACAAAUGGUAUGGUGGCGUUUUAUAAUAAUCACAACACGAAUCAGCGGUUUUCAGGGCGCUCCAGGCGUUCCAACGUUCCUUGUACUGCUACCCAACAGGACUGUUUGCAGUGGAGUGCAAGCUGCGUAUGGCGAUCUGCUACAUGGCGGCGGAAGAGUGGCCAAAGGCUAUCAAAGUAUGUUUAGGAGGUUGAAUUCUGUGAAAAACAGUAGGACACACACUCGGGCGCGUACAAUUGCCUUCUUCAUAGCCUGGCCAUAGUUCCAAUCAUUUUGUUGGGUCACUGAUCAAAAGCCAAUACAGGGAUCAACGUAAACAUGGGAUCAGAUAACUGUGAAUAGUUCGCCAUGCCAUGCAUGGCGUGCACUUUUUCAAAGGACCCUACUGGCCGAUCAUGGCCGAUUUGAGGGACGAGGGGGUGCUUAUUCGUCGAUUCAUUCGCAUCAGAAGGCCGGCGAUGUGGUGUACGUGAGCGGAGGAACCAUCCACUGAGUCCAUGCGACGGGAUCGUGCAAUAAAAUCUCGUUGAAUGUGGUGCCACUUCGAACUCAAUGUUUUUCCAUAUUUCAUUAAAAAAGGUUCUUCCCAUCCGCCAAUUGACAAAAAACUGUUUGUCAGUGUGUAUGCACAGACCGUUUUCUCUAUUUUGCCAACGUUUCAACGACAACACGAAGUAAGUGUAAAAUAUUCAACAUUUCCGUUCAUAUUCUUUUCUGGUUCCACUUUCGCAAUGACAACGCUUUGCAGAUGGAUGGUACUUGUCCUUAAGCUAUUUUCAUCGUAUUAUAAGGUCUCACAAUUGCGUUUGAGCCCCUAGAAGUACAUACAAACAUUCUCAAAAAAAAAAAUCAAUACGCUCUCAUUCACACAAAACACAUUCGCAACCACAUAUACAUAUGCGAGGUCAACUAUGUGAACUCUAUAUUCAUAUUUGUGGUGAUGUUUUGUCCGGGGUCAGUGUUCAUGAGCCCCUCUUUCGGAGCUCUACAACCGCAUCAAGGCCGAUACGCACGUCGUUAUCGUCGGAACCUGUAAGUCGACGAUGGGUCCUGAUUAUUAUUAUGGGACCUGGAUCUUGCCUUUGGAACUUGAUUACUCAAAUAGAGCCAAAAAUUUGAAAGUUACCUUUACUUUUGUACUGUGGAAACUGCACUUUGUAGAGAGACGGUAACACUAAUGAAAACGGGACGGGCAAAAACCGCCGCUCUGUCAGCUGUGUAUUUCUAAUUUCCAGCUAUUCUACUUGGUGAUCGACGAACCGAAUCCAUCGAAGUUCAUGCCGAAACUUGUGCUGAGAUACAACUUGGCCCUUGCUCACGAGAACAACGAGGAUUUGGACAUUGCGGAGAAGAAGUACAACGAGUUACUUCCUGAUCUAGAAGUAAGACGCCUCCUACGCCCACGCACUGUCCAACUUAUCAUUUUCCAGAUCGACACCGUGACGUACAGUCUUCUGCAGCCCGAUCAGCUCGUGAUUUAUACAAAGAUGAGAGCGGCAAUUCUUCGGCAGAUCGGAUGGAUUUAUUACAAACGGGCGCGUAAGGAUGAGGCCAACAAGAAGGACCUUCUCGCAAAGGCUCAAGAGAGUUUGAACAUGGCGGUAGCAGCAAAUCCAAAAGACGGCCUAACCUACACCUAUUUGGGUCGUGUUCACGAAAUGGACGGAUCUGCUGUUAGUAGUGGAAAAUUGAACGAGGAUACCGUGCAUCGAAAUCGUCCGUCUCCACUGAAGAUGCACGCAUUCUCGUUACUCCCCCAUGUUCCUCCCCCUAUGUACGUAACCUAUGUCGAUUUCCUCCUUGCAUGUAACUCAGAAAUUUGGCUGAGCUUUACCACACCAGUCUUUCCCAUCUUCGCACACUGUUUCAGAGUACCUGGAACUUCUAACAUAGCAUGAUUUCAGACUCGUUUUCAAAAAGUGACAGAGGAAGGGAAUGGGAGAAAACAAUCGAAGAACUGGCAUAGUUUUAUGCAAUAUAUCAAAUAUUCCUGCUGGUAAUUAGGUUUGCCGAAGGCAUAGAAACUAUGAAAAUGAAACACGGAAUCUUAAAGUGCACGCGUGAACUUCUACGAUUUUUUCCAUAUCAUUUUCCUCGACGUGCAACACAUAUGAAGAACUUGCAGAUUGAUGUGGCGUAUUCUGACUAUCGGAUGGCUAUCAACGUGUCAGAGUUGAUGGCGGACGCGUUUUUUUCGCUGGCACAAGUCUAUCAGAGUGAGCAACAACCAGUUGAUGCCCUGGAGGUUUGUACAAACUAUCUAUUCGAACUGCAAUCUGUUUGUUGUUUUUCAGACUAUGUUAUGCUGUCUUGAACUGAACCCCGGACAAUCGGCCGCAUGGACCAACAUUGGAGAAUUGUACGAGCGAAAUGAACAGUUCGAAGAUGCACUUGGAUGUUAUAAAAACGCGCUGAAGUGCAGCCCAGGUAGCCGCAUUGUGAUUAAGUCUAAAUUAGAUAACUCAUUUUCAGUAGCUCCGAAACCUCUCAAUGCCCGUGUACAAAUGCUGGACGAGGAGCUAUCGCGGAUCUUACCCUCUCGUCCAUCGAAACAUAGUGUCCCGUUUGGAUGUGAUAUUCCGAGCGUGAAGGAGGCCUACAACCUGCCAGUCUUGUCUGAAGUACACGAACGCGUGAACGAAAGUUACAAUGUAGGUAGUUUUCUCAGACAAUCUGGCAAAAUCGCGUUACAGAAGAUAGAGAUGCGAUACCAAAAUGCGUUCUGGGAGUUGUGGACUGAGAAACGACUGAUGGAGGAAUCGUCAACGAAUAGCGAUGCGCAAGUGUUGCGACCGCACGAGUUGAAUAAUCUUGAAGUGGAAGUUUUGAGCCACCUUCGUGAUAACGAGAUGGACCUGAUUCCAGCCGAAAAGGAAGUUUAUGAGUAUCUUCACACUGCUGAGCUCACAGUUCAGGUGAGGAGAAGACAGUUGUAGUGUGAUAUAAAGCAACAGAGAAAGAGAGAGAGAGAAAUAUAACCAUUUGUUUCUGUUAUGAAAAUGAUGAGUAGGGUAAUGCAUUUGAAUAUGUUUGAGUGUUUUAUAAGACAAAACCGCAAUGUUUUCAAACAAAUUGUCUUAAGAAGAAUCAACUGAACAUCUAAUUUUCAGCAUGGAAUUAUCGACACGAUCAUUUCGCUUGUCCCACAUGAAAUGCCACGUGUCACCGAUUCGAUGAUUGAGCGCAUGCGUGCUACUGGCCACUUUUUCGAAAACGCCGAAUGCUAUCCGUUUCCGUCCGUUCCGCUGAUUGCAUCAGACACGUUGCCAAAAAGCUUUAGUAUCCUUUCCGAUAUUAAAGUUCCUUUGGACUCGACCGCACAAGAGAUCCUCACAUUGGCCCAUAAACGGUGCAUCAAGAACGGAUCAUACCAACCGAUCAUGGAUGAGAUUGCGGUCUUACCGAAAGCUCCGAUGGGUCCGGAGAAGCCGAUUGCAACAAAGGAAGAAGUGAAGAAGGCUCUGGAGAAGGGAGAACGUCAUCCGCUGAUUCUGAAAACAACAGUUUAUUUGGUCGACAAUCAAUCACAUUGCGUGGAACUUCAACAUCACGUGGAUACGAACACUAUUUCAUGCAUUCGCGGCCUAACAUCAGUCCUCCAACUCGAUCUUUCACUGUUCUCCACCAGAUCCGUGUGCGAAAUAGCCGGCCAACAGGAGAUUGAAGUGCUGACCCAGUACAAUCUUCCACCGGAGACCAACUGUGAUCAUGCGAGUCAGCCGACAUGGAAGUGCAUCUCGGAGUCACAUUGCUCGACCAUCAACAACUACGCCAACUAUCAGCGAGAAUUUUUCAAGCACACGCUGAGAAACGAGACGGAGAAGAUCCGCAAGACGCCGGCAUCCUGCUUUCAGGGACCGUCGCCGAAGAAAUUGAGAGCUGAAAUGGUCUACAAGAGGGCGGAUCCGCCGCCAAAGGUUUUGAAGAGCAUUAAGUUUGCAACAAAUAUUGACAUGUCGAAUGACAACAAGUGGAAAGCCCAGAUUAGUGUGAGUGGAUCUUUAUGUGGGAGUGAAUGUUGUGUGAUGCAAUGGGGAAUGGAAAUAGUCCGAAUUGCGUGUUUUUGCAGCACUUCUUCUCAUUUUUUCGGUUCUUACUACCAAAUUUCUAAUUUCAGGAGCUCGCAAAACUUCCCGCCUUCUGUCGUCUCAUUGCCGGACCCAACAUGCUCUCUCAUCUCGGUCAUCAAAUCAUCGGGAUGAACACCGUCAAGUUGUACAUGAAAGUGCCGGGUGCACGUACUUGUGCUCAUCAGGAGAACGGGUUUGUCGCUUCGAUCAACAUCAACGUGGGACCAGGCGACUGUGAAUGGUUUGCCGUGCCCUACGAAUACUGGGGUUUGAUGGAGGAACUGUGCGAGAAGCAUGACGUGGACUUCUUCAAAGGACCCUACUGGCCGAUUAUGGACGAUUUGCUGGACGAGGGGGUGCCUGUUCAUCGAUUCACUCAGAAGGCCGGCGAUAUGGUGUACGUGAGCGGAGGAGCGAUCAACUGGGUCCAGGCGACGGGAUGGUGCAACAACAUCUCGUGGAAUGUGGCGCCACUCAACAAUCAACAAUUGACGAGAUCGCUGUUCAGCUACGAAUACUACAAGUUCCGCAAUAUCCGUUGCCAAGUGCCAAUGCAACUACUAUGCUGGCAAUUGGCCAAGAACGUUCGGUUCACCAACCAACAACUGUUCAACACGUGCAAAGGAGUCUUGAUUCGGUGAGUAAUGGACAUGAGCUUUCUCAUAAAAUGCUCGGUAUUUCAGCUCUCUCGCUUUCCUCAAAAUGGUCAACGAGUUUGUGCUCGCAGCCAAAAAGAAGAUCAAACCCCAUGAGCGAACCAGCGAGGAUGAAGCGAAUUUCUGCUUUAGUUGCGAAUCUGAAGUGUUCAGCGUUCUCUUCGUCAAGGAUAUCAAUGACACAUUCGUCGUUUACUGUGUCUACUGCGCCAAGACGUAAGUUUGAUAUUUCAUGUUUGCGUAUUGUACGUCCACAAUUUCAGGCAGAAGAACUUUGACGAAUUCAUCGUGAUCCAGGAGUUUUCUUUCGCCGACCUCUCCUCUAUUUAUAAUGGCAUGAGAUUUUUUUCACCGACUGGCAACAAAGUCAAAUUUGUUGCUUAA